UCGUCCCGGUCUUCGUCAGCCAACCAGGAAAGGGGGUUUGCUGUGAUCUGGACUGAGGCGGAUGAGACCAGCAACCAUUGUUCCGUUCUUCCUCUCCUCCCCCUUUUUUGCCAGGCUAAAAACAAGAGCCCGAAGCGGCUACCCGCUACCAAACGGAGCUAACGGCGCGAGCUGGCAGAGUUCGUCGGUUAUUGUCACGCUUUUUGUGCCCCCACUCGACGUACUCCCAGCCCAAGUGGUGGGGUCCGCUCGGGUUUUGUCAGUCAGCUGCUAAAUGGAAAUAAAACGAGGAGCUGAAAAUGGCAGCAGUCGAGCGAACGACCUCCCCGUGCAUUACCUCCGCCUCCUGGCUCCGCCCUUGCAGCUGCUAUCGGCUGCGAUGUGGCGUGUGGUGCAACAGGGACUGGUGGACCACUACGGCAUGCUGGAGGAGUUUGUUACCAUGGUGACAGAGCUGGUCCCCGAGCUCAUGACAUACAGCCAGAGGGCUCAGCUCACUCUGGGACUCAGGGCCAGGCUGGUUUUAGAAUUGUGCCGAGGCGAGCAGCCGGUAGAUAUGCGCACCAUGCAGCCUCAUCUGGACCGAAUCAAAGCUCCUGUCAGCACAGCCAAGGAUCACCAUAGCACCAUCGACCUGGUGGAGGAGUCGGAGGUGAACUUUGUGGAGCUGGUGCACUCCUUACUGGAGGAUCCAGUAGAGAGGAAGUACUUUUUUGAGGAAAUCUUUCCUGUGUACUUUGGGCCAAAGUAUGACGCGGCGCUGGAGAUGCUGGUGUGGGAGUUUAUAUCCCGACUGGAGGAGCUGCUCCCAGUCCCUGACUUCACACAGCUGUCAACUUUACUCGGAGACGCUCCGUCCUUCCUCAGCGACUGUUUACAAUCCUUUUUCCCACCGGCGGACAUGAAGGCUCUACUUGAACACCACAGAAACCUUGGGCAUUUUGAGGAGAAAGAUCCGAGGUUUUUACCUAUGGACGACUGCAUCCUCACCUCCAUGUCCCUUCCGCCCGGGACCAAAGCUGCCACGGACGCUACCUCCUACUUGCCCGCUCACAGAGACCCGAGGCCCUCUGAGCAGCACGCGCGGCCUGACGCGCCCGUCAACACGAGCACCCCGGAGACGGCGAGCAGGAGGCUUCGCGACUUAGCUCAGGAGGCCAGGAAGCAGAAUUCCUGCGACGAAACCAUCGACCUUACCACGUGCAACGACCCCGAGCCUGAACCCGAGGUGCUGGCGGCCGGCGACCUCAGCCAAAGCUUCAGAGGCGGGCGGGCUCUCAGAAAGAGGAGGUUGAGCGGUGGAAGCGUGGAGACGCCGGCAAAGCAGAGGAUGGAGUUGUCGUCGUUCUUAGAGUCCUCAAAGGAUGAUGAAAAUUCUGGUGAAUCUCCCCUCAUCUCCAUAUGGGGAGAUUACACAGACGCUCAUGAAGGUCAGGCGAGCGAGACAAAGCUUCCCUGGACGGAGGAGGAGACGCUCCACCUGCUGGACAUUUGGGGAAAUGACUCUGUGCAGCGGGCCUUGAAGGGCUGCUUGAAAAACCGCCACAUUUACGUCCAGAUCGCCCAGAAGAUGGCCGAGAGGGGCUUCAAGAGGACGGUGGAACAGUGUCAGACGCGCAUGAAACGGCUGAAGAAAGGCUUCCGCCAAAAUAAAGGCACCUCCAGAGUGGAGCAUACGUUUUACGAGCACAUGAAGCGGGUGCUGGGCUCGCCGGCCACCGCCGCUGCCGCCGCGCCCGAUACGGCGUACGACAUCGACGAGGGCAUCGACGAUGAAGAGUCUCAGGACGGCGAUGAGGACUUGCAGAUUGUGGGACAGACCAGUCAGGAAAUGGGAACGAGGAAUGUGCCGUGGACGGAGCAGGAGACGCUUGCCCUCAUCAACACUUGGGGCCAAGAGAAGAUGCAGCAAGAGAUGAGAGGAACCAACAGAACCAUGCACAUGUUCCCCGUCAUCUCCACCAAGAUGGCCGCCCAGGGCUUCUCCAGGACGCCCGAGCAGUGCCAAACCAGGCUGAAAAGGCUCAAGUCCAGUUUCAGGCAGUGCUACGAAAACAACAUGAAGGGCCUGGAGCAAGUUCAGUGCAAGUUUUACAACGAGCUAGCGAGGUUUUUAUUGAAAGAGAACCCAUCGACGCCGCAGCCGAACGAGACCGAGACCGAUGACAACGACUCGCCCUCCUGCUCCAUUCAGGAUGCCGUGUCUUUUGUCAGCCUCCAGGAAGACAGGAAGAAAGUCCCCUGGGCUGACAAAGAGACCGUCAUCCUUCUGGAGCUCUGGGGAGAAUCACAGAUCCAGCAGAACACCAAAGGCUUCCCGCCCAACGUUCACAUUUUCAACGAUAUAUCAGAGAAGCUGUCCGUCCACGGCUUCACCCGCACCUCCGAGCAGUGCCAUACCAGAAUCAAACGGCUCAAGACCAACUACUGGCAUUGUCGGGACAACAUGAGCACACCUGGGAACGAUAAGGUCAAUUUCAAGUUCUUUGAUUUGAUGGAACAAAUCCUGGACAAGCGUCCGUCCACCUCCACCGCCGGCAUCACGGAUCCCAUCGAAAUUUCGGAAGACUCCAACGGCGGCGACUCUGUGACCGAAACAGAGGGAGAAGUGGGACUAUCCGUCAGCUCGUGGUCGGACGAGGAGACGUCGGCGCUGAUCGAUAUCUGGGGAGAAGAGGAAGUGCAGCGCUCGCUCACCGGUUUCGUCUCCAACGGGCACGUUUACGCCGAAAUGUCCCGGCGGCUGCACGACCUCGGCUACACCAAAACGCCGGAGCAGUGCCACGAGAAAGUCAAGACGCUGAAGAGUAACUUCCUCAAGGCUUACGAGGAGAAAAAAUUCGGGAGGCGAGUAGACGACAAAUUCUACAACCAGAUGGAGCAAGUGUUGGGCGCGGAGGUGGUACCGCCGCCGGACGAGUUGGACGAAAGCGAGCAGGACGCGGUGGCGCUGGACUCGCUGAAUGUGCCGUGGGGCGAGCGGGAGACGGAGGCCCUGGUGGAGGUGUGGGCGGCCGACGACGUGCAGCACAGCCUGAAGACGUGCAUCCGCAACGGCCACAUCUUCGUGGACAUCGCCGAGAGGCUGGCCGCCGCCGGCUACGCCCGCAGCGCCGAGCAGUGCCAGGCCAGGAUCAAGCGGCUGAAGAAGACCUACAGGCGCUACUGCAACAGCCGCAGGAAUGGUCGAUCCGGAGCCUUUCGUUAUUUCAACCUCCUCGCUCCGGUGCUGGGUGACAACUCCCUUUUCAACGACGCAGACACGUCCUCGUCUUCCGCAUCUGUUUUCUUGAAACCCCUCGAAGAAACCUACGCAGACGUCUACGAGCAGCCGUCCACCAGCCACCUGGUGCCCGACGCGAACAGGAAGACGCCGUGGUCGGACAAGGAGACGCGUACGCUGCUGGAGAUCUGGGGGGAGGACAACGUGCAGAUGACGCUGAGGGUCUGCCUAAAGAACCGCCACGUCUUCGAGUUCAUCUCGGAGCGGAUGAGCAAUCGAGGCUACUCCAGAACCACCGAGCAGUGCUACACCCGCAUCAAGCGCCUUAAAUAUGGUUUCCUCCAUGAAAAGCAGGACUUCAAGUUCUUCCGAGAAAUGGAGGAAAUCUUCAGUCGGGAUUUAAAGUCGGACUCCUCGGUCGUGGGCAUCCCGGCGCCAGACGAGCCCGACAACGGCGCGUACGAGCCCAUCAGAGAUUUUGUGGUUUCCCCGGGCAACCAGUGGCUGUCGGACAACUCCAAGCACCCGUGGAGCGAUGGCGAGACGGAGGUUCUGCUGAGCGUCUGGGGCAGCGAGGAUGUCCAGGAGAACCUGAAGAGCUGCACCAAGAACAAGCACAUCUUCAUGCAGAUCUCAGAGGCCCUGGCCAACCAGGGCUACCAGCGCACACCCGAGCAGUGCCAGACCCGAAUCAAGCGGCUCAAGUACAGCUUCCGGCAGUUCCUUGACGGCAGGAAAGGAGACAAGCAGGAGUGCAAGUAUUUUGACCAGCUGGUCAAGAUAUUUGGCGACAAGUACCUUGUAGCCGACCAGCAGCCCGACGAUGCGGCUGAGGUCAUAGAGUCGUAAAAUAAAAGCGUGCUUUGCCACCGUGCCAAAACCUGGAGCCACAAGGAGGUCGAAGAGGAAGAAUGUUCAAGCAGGACAUUCACACUGAAGAAACUGUGACGUCAUAGUCUGCGCUGAUGCCAUAUUCGGGCACGUCCCGGACACUCCCCCCAAGCAAAGACGCUCCGAAAGGACGUGGACAUGUGAGCGCGUCCUCACAUAAUGCUGGUCUUCCUUCCGGAACCACUGACGUUUUUUUCCAGACAAACGUCCACAAUUUUUUUUUUUGUACUUGACAACACUUUACUUGUCCAAUCUAUUACAUUUCUACUUUACUUUUGUUGUACGUAUACAAUUUCAAGUGCUAAAGAGUGAGAUGCAUUCUCGUUUCUUAAUCCCCUCAGACGUCUUAAGCAGAGUUCUAUUUAUUUAAAACAUUGCUGUGUGAUCCAAAGUUUUGUACCUAAUUUAUUUGAUCUUGCUUUUUGUUUUGUUUUUUACCAUCUUGAGUUUUUCAUGCUCGUGCGUAUUAUAAUUUUUACCAUUGGUGAAAAGCUUGUCUGAUUUAGGAUGUAUUGCUGUAAUUUGCCAUCUUGGAAUUUCACACUUUGUACAGCGGGAUCAUUUUAAAUAAAGCACCCUAAAGGGAAAUAAAACCUCA